AUGUGCACGUCCUCUGUGAUUAUGGUGAUUACUCAUAACUUCUCAUUGGGGAAAUUUGUGAAUUUCAAGUUAAAAUUAGUGUGCAACUUCACAAGUAGUUGUGAAAUAAGAAAAUUUAAGUUUGAAGAUUUCCCAUCACAUGUGACUGACCUUGAUAUUAAAGCAUAUAAACCAGUGUGUAUACAGAUAAUACUUAAGCAGCAUCAAGCAGUUUUCUGGAGUGAUGCCAACAGAUACUUUGUUGCUAGUAAUAUAGAUGGCGCUAUAAAACAUGCACAAAAGACAGGCUUCUCAGCAUGGACUCUUGACAGCAAGGAUUCCACAUCAACACUGACACAUCCAAAGAUGUUUGGCUUCUUCAACACAAAACCUGAGGACUAUCACUUCCACCGCAUGGUCGAGGCCAAUAACCUGAUACUCUACAAUACCCAGGUUAUUCAAGAUCAACUGAUGCUGCCUUGGGUGCAGUGUGCUCUUGUGAAAGACUGUGUCGCCCCCUAUGGCGCACAAGCCACAGGAUGUUCCUUCAUUUACAAGCCGCGUUAUAAAUACUCUGGUUGCCACCGUUAUGAAAUGUCUGGACUGAAUAUAAUUCUAGGUCAAGUGUUUAAGCAGAACGAAUCCCAGUAUACAGUGGACGAUGUGAUGUUUGGGACGCGAGAGAGAUUUUUCAAUUUGACAAGGACUAUUAAAAGUGUGUCCAAGUCCUAACACAGGGUUUUGAAUGAGUUUGGCCCCAUUCAGAAUAGAUGAUCCUAGUCCUAACUGAACCACAGACUAGUUAUGAAUUACAACACUUCAAAAGAGAUGCUGCUGAUUCCUGAUGGUCUCUCCACCUCCACACACGCCAUUAAAGGAAUUAAAUGUCAGCUUCACGGUUUAAUUGCUAGGCCCCUGCAGCAACUGCUCGUGUGGAGACAGGCAGAUCAUCGAGAAUCAGCGGCAUCUCUUUUGAAGUGUGGUCGGUGGAUCAGUUAGUACUCGGAUCGUCCAUUCUGAAUGGGGACUUUUAUUGGCUCAUGUGUUUCUUGGCUUUUUUAUGUUGUUAAUUUGCAGAGUUGAUUAUUUUCUUUUUAUGUUUGUUUUCGAGUUUAUCAUUACAUGGACAUAAAUGUUGUGAUCAGUGUUUGAACAAACAUUUCAGAUCAUGUUGGUUUUUUCUUUUAAAUUGGUUUUAUUAUUUUGUAAAUUAUUAUUUUAAACCUCAGGGAAAAAAAGGUAUUGAAUGAGAGUCCUUGAUUAGCUAAUUACCCCCGCCAAGGAGGUUAAUAUGUUUUCAGCCCUGUUUGUCUGUCUGUCUGUUUGUCAUCAACAUAACUCAAAAAG